AUGAUUGGAAACCGUGAUGCUCGUCUCUUCGAUACCACAACAAUGGUGCACGCGACUGCCUCAAAUGAAAUGGAACAACAGGAGACGGCCGUGACGGCGAAUUGGACCCUAAGCCGCCCAAAUGACUACUCUGACUCCCCAAAAUCUCCCCUGGCUCUCCGAACUCGCAAAACUCGAAGCACCGCUCCUUCAGCUCGCCGCUCGGUGCCUUCGGUUUCGGCUCCGAAGGUGCUUCCGGGAGACCCACCCGGCUCCGAGACUUAUUUGCGGGGCGUGGGUCUGCGUCCCGGGCGAGCAAACCGGCGGAUUUCGCCCAAAAAGAGCAUUGUGCCGAUUGUGAGGAACAAAAAGGACAAUGACGCGAAAUGCGUGGAUGAGUCGGAGGCGGUGGCGGUGGACGUGUUGGAUUACUUGCCGAUGGAGGUGGCCAAGAUGGUGAUUAACAUGCAGCAGUACUAUGCGGCGGGGGUGGAGGAGCUGAUGGGCAAGUUGGGCGGCGUGAGCGAGGAGGUGAGGCUUGCGAGGAAGGAGAAUGAGGAGCUGGUGGAGAAGUUGGUGGGGUUGAGCGAGGAUGUGGUGCUUGAGAGGGAGGAGAAUGAGGAGAUGAGGAGGAGGCUGGAUAUGCAUUUCGUGAUGCUGAGGCAGGCGAAUAAGUUUAUGCAGAGUGUGAGGGAUGGGUCGUUGGGGGGUGUUGGGGGGGCGGAUGUGCCGGUGCUUGUUGAGGAGGAGGAGGAGGAGGAGGAGGAGGAGCCAACGCUUGUUGAAGAGGAGGAUGUUGCUAUGAGAGGCGUGGUGGAUAUGGAGGUGCCGCCGGUGCCGAGUGUGGAUAGGGAGCCUGUUCGGAGCACGGGGCGGAAAGCGCCGAAGAGGAGGGUGAGUGGGAAUCACGGGUUGAGGAGAAGAGGGAAGAGGCAGACGAGGAUGAAGAAGAAGAAGGCUUCUAUGGCGGAGAAGGGAGUGCGGUUUGAAGACGGGCCUGACGUUCAUCAAGCAGAGGAAACGCCGCGAGAGCAGGGGGCUUCCCAAGAGAGAGAUGAGGACGAGGACGAUGACCAUCUCAAGAUAUUGGCUGGCGCACCUCGACUUCAGGCAAUGUUGCGCAGAUCCGCGUGGACAGCAAUCAACCAUCGCCCCAACGCCACGGAUCCAAACGCAGAGUACCGCCCUUGCUCGCCAUCCUCCGCAUCAGAACGCUCCUCAUCACCACCACGAUCCCCAUCACCCACGCCUCUGCCUCGCCGCCCCCAAACUCCCACCACAACACCAUCAACUCCCACCACAACACCAACAAAACCAUCACCAUCAUCAUCAUCCCCCCGCCCCCGCUACUCAACCCCCCGCCACACCACCCUCCCCCGCUACGCUUCCGGCCCGCCCUCCCGCCCCUUCCGCUUCCACCGCAUGGGCCGCACGGUGCUCGACGUCUGGACCGAGUACAAGCACGGCAAGAAGGGCAACCCUGCGAUCGAGGCCCUCGAGAGGCAAUACGCCACGGGCUGGCGCACGGGGACGCUGCGCGAGAUCAAGUACGCGAGCAACUAUGUCGGCGUGCGGCAAAAGGUCGUGAGCAAAGUGGAGGAGAUUUGCGCGAGGGAUGGGAUCGCGCCGGAGGAGGCGUGUAGGAGGCUGGAUGAGAGGGUGGAUGGGAGGAUGCAGAUGUUGAUUUCGGCGGUGAGGAAGGGGGAGGAUCCGUUUGAGGUGAUUCCGAAGAGGUGA